UAUAGCAGAAACCAUAGUCAAUCCAGGUUGCAAGUGCAGAGCAAGGGAGUCCUGUCAGUUUGCUCGCUCAAUGACAGCGUUAAGCUGACCUGUAACGAGAAACAUCUUGGCUGAUAAUUUGUAUAACGCCAUUACGUGGCUAAUUGCAACAUACUGAUGUUUUUUCUGACUGCCUCUCUUGGUUGAAGUAAUUUCUGAACACCGUAAGGAAAUAUACGGCAAUGGCUCACGUCAACGGUUGUCACCAGAACAAGGAGACCUGGAACGCUCAUAACCAAAUGAUGGUGGAGCCUCUGUCUACCUAUGACACGGAGGUAUUUGAGAUCAUCAAGAAAGAGAAGAAAAGGCAGACGUGCGGUCUGGAGCUGAUCGCCUCCGAGAACUUCGCCAGCCGGGCGGUCCUGGAAGCGCUGGGGUCCUGCAUGCAUAACAAAUACUCCGAGGGGUAUCCCGGUCAGAGAUACUAUGGCGGGACGGAACAUGUCGACGAGCUGGAGAGGCUGUGCCAGAAGAGAGCGCUUGAGGCGUUCCACCUUGACCCCGAGAAGUGGGGGGUGAACGUGCAGCCGUAUUCCGGCUCCCCGGCUAACUUUGCCGUGUACACAGCAAUUGUGGAGGCCCAUGGGAGGAUCAUGGGUCUGGACCUCCCUGACGGGGGUCACCUGAGCCAUGGUUUCAUGACCGAAAAGAAGAAAAUCUCUGCGUCCUCAAUCUUCUUCGAGUCCAUGCCAUACAAGGUCAACCCAGUCACUGGUUAUAUUGACUAUGACCAGCUUGAACAGAAUGCUAGCCUGUUCCACCCAAAGAUGAUCGUUUCAGGUGCCAGCUGUUACUCCCGCGACAUCGAUUACGCCCGUUUGAGGAAGAUCGCGGACCAGAACGGGGCGUACCUCAUGGCGGACAUCUCCCACGUCAGCGGGCUCAUAGCCGCCGGGGUGACGCCCUCGCCGUUCGAUCACAGCGACAUCGUCAUGACGACCACCCACAAGAGUCUGAGGGGCUGCAGGGCGGGAAUCAUAUUUUACAGAAAGGGGGUUCGCAGUGUUGAUCCAAAAACCGGUAAGGAGACCCUGUACAACCUGGAGGGUCCCAUCAACCAGGCUGUGUUCCCUGGCCUGCAGGGGGGACCACACAACCAUGCCAUUGCAGGAGUGGCUGUGGCUCUGAAGCAGUCUCUGACUCCUGAAUUCAAAGCUUAUCAGGCCCAGGUGCUGGCCAAUUGCCAAGCUCUGGCAGCCGCACUGCUGGACAAGGGCUACAAAAUUGUCACGGGGGGCUCUGACAAUCACCUGAUCCUCCUUGACUUCCGUCCGACGGGAACGGACGGCGGCCGGGUGGAGAAGGUUCUGGAGGCCUGCGCCAUCGCCUGCAACAAAAACACCUGCCCAGGGGAUAAAAGUGCCCUUCGCCCCAGUGGCGUCCGUUUGGGGACGCCUGCCCUCACCUCCAGGGGACUUCUGGAAGAGGACUUCCGACAAGUCGCAGAGUUUAUCCACAGAGGUAUUGAGGUGGUAUUGGAGAUUCAGUCGAGCAUGAGCCCCAAGGCUACUCUGAAGGAGUUCAAGGAACAUCUGGCGCAAGAUGGGAAAUGUCAGAUGAAGAUAAGAGGAAUCCGAGCGGAGGUCGAGGCCUUCUCUGGGAAAUUCCCCAUGCCUGGAAUUGCAGAACUUUAAAUCACGAGCGAUGGACACUGGCCUACAAGUCAAACGCGAACAAAUUUCAGAACGACACAAUCUUCCCGCCAGAAUGGCUCUGUUGCUACACCAGUUCAUUAUGAGCAAGGGUUAGAGCAGGUUAAUCCCUUUGGAACCUGGCUCCUUAAAUGGAGUCAAGCAAUACCCUACAGUAACGGGGAAAAUUUUUCUUCUCAAUUUAUUAUUUUAUAUGCACUUGGAACAUUUGCUUAAAUACAUUUAAGAUGAUGAAUUGUUCAACAUCUAUUAUCAAAAUUAAUUCCACAAGAUUUUACAGACUGGAAGUGAUGACAAAAUGAAGAAAAUUAAUUUAUUUUAGUAUAAGGUUUUUUUUCUUUCUUUCUUUUACGCAGCAGGGUCUGGCCUUGGUUUCCCUACCAUUUCCAAUCAAGUUUUUUUUUUUCUUCUUUACAUCACAAGCAUGGUUACCAGUCAGAAAUAUCUCCUUGGGCACUAACUAUACAGAAUUGAUCUAGAUGUUAUUAACAAAGUGCAUUAUAUCUCACAGAAAUGUAUUGAGUUUUUUUUUUUUUUUUUUUUUUUUUUUUGGGCCAAAAUUACAGUUGCUACAUUUAAGGUCCAUGAUCCAAAAUUGUUUUCUAUGACAAAAUUGUGUGUAAAUUGUGUUCAAUUUAUAAAUGUAUAGCAGAAAACACUGAAAUGUUGAAUAAUUCGUUGCUAAAGCGAUUAAACGAUCGAUGUUAACAAUU